UGUCACACUAGAAGAGAUUGACCUGGAGCCCAGUGGAGAGUGGUGUCAGCGAGAGGGAUUAAUGACUCCGGUUAUUUUUCCAUUCUUUGACAUCCAGUUUAGGUUGGCGGGUGGUAACUGGAUAGACAACAUCCAAAAUGGCGUUGUCUCUUGGCAAGCUUUGACUGACGUUGAACUGAGGAAACGAUCUGACACCGGGAGAGCAAACAAUUCCCCUCAGAGCACCAUCCUGCCAUUAGUGAGAGUUCCUUCAAACUGUCAGAGAGACUUCAACCUGUUGGCGUUUGACCCAGAUGGAGACAACGUUAAAUGCAGAUUUGGUUCCGAUUCACUGUCUGAGUGUAACCCCUGUGCACCACCAUCUGUCCUAGACCUGUCAUCAUCUUGUACUCUUUCCUUCAACGGAACCAAUAGCAUCAACGAAACCAGCAGCAUCAACACAACCAGCAGCAUCAACGCAACCAGCAGCAUCAACGCAACCAGCAGCAUCAACGCAACCAGCAGCAUCAAAGAAGGUCCGUAUGCAGUGCAGCUGGUAAUGGAGGACUUUCCACGGCACGACAUUACAUUAUAUAAUGUCAGUGGGCUUCAAGAAACCAAAACAGCCAAUCAGGCAAUCAGCAAAAUACCACUCCAGUUUGUUUUACAAGGUAAGAGUUUCCCAGUAUGA